AUGAUCCUACGAAGGGCCCGGGCCCCGCUCCGACGAUGGCGAGGGGGCCGCUUGCCAGCCAUCGGCUGGCGGGGGUACCUGAUCUCGCUAUCGCUGAAACCGGUGCCGCUGCUUCCUCCUCCCGAAACCCUCGCCAAAUGGCUGGGCACCCGCCUCCGCCACUACCUCGACGACACCUUGACCGCUGCCGCCACCGCACACGACACCACGGGCUACCACCACCUUCUAUCGCAAUUAGUCGACGUGUUGGCGCUGCGGAUCUUGGCCGACCCCCAGUUUGUGGCGCUGGCGUGGCGGUCGCUCGACGACACCACCCGCGAGAUGAUCUCGGCGCCGCUACGACAAAAGUUGGCCGUCGACGACGUCAAGCUCAGCGUGUUUGAGUGGAUUGCUGAUCCGGCUCUGAAAGAAGCGCGAGACUUGGUGGUGGAAACGCUUUACCGCAUCGUCAGGCUCCCUCAGACUAACCCCAAGGCGGAGUACCUCUUCGAGUAUCUCGACCGGCUAUACCAUACCCACACCCACAACCCCGUCCCGCUCCUCAUCACGGCUAAGCUAUACCACCGCAUCAUGGCCAUCGCCACCCCGUCGCGCUUCGCCACGUUAUUCAGCUACUUGGUCGCCGCCAACAUUUCCACCAAAGACCCGACGGAAAUCCUUCGAUUGAAAAAGACCCUCCACUUCGGUACGGCGCUAGACCGGCUCGUGGGGCGUACGGGCUUGCUCCGUCCUCAAUGGUGCCAUACUGUCGACGCUAACCUUUCGCCACUUCAUCAACAGCGAAUGGUGCUGUUCUUCUCCCUUGAGGACCUCCACCUCCAUUGUAUGGAGGCUAUCCGCAGCAAAAAAGUGCCGGCAGCAACUAUGUACUUGGGGAUGGUGGUGAAAAAGUACGAGGCGAUGUGUCUGCGCCAAGUGGCCACCGCCGAGGACCUCCAGCUUGUGAUGAAGGCGAUCUUGGUCCUGGUGAUGGAGUUUGGCGAGGGCCACCAGGGGAUGAUGCUGGUGCUUAAUAACAUGAAGCAGAACCAGCUCCCGGUGCAAUUUGCCACCUGGCUUGUCGUGGUACAACGGUUACGGCUUCGGGGCGAGUUUGGUGAUGCAUUGAUGGUAAUCAACUCCAUGGCCCUCGACGAGCUCACUCCAAAUCAGCGCCACCAGCUUGUACGUGAGGUAUUACUCCUAAUUGGUGCUAAAUAUCCCAAACAACCCCUGGUACUAAUGGGCUACGUGGUGGCAUUUUACCCUCAAGCACAACAGCUUUUGGCUCAGUUGGGAGUGGUAGAGCUUGUGUUUGAUGACCCCGGAGCCACCAUCACCCCGGCCACUGUCGAUGCCAGUCUUGUGAUGAAAGAUACCGAGGUGCCGGCAACGGUGGUGGCUAAUGUCUACGAAAGCGUGUUGCGAUCACUUCCCCUCAACCUUAAGCCGCCGCUGGUGGUGCUUGACUUGUAUCAACGCUACCGAACGCAUAUUGCGUCGCCAAGUAAUGACCGUGUCAUGGUGGCAUUGGUCAACCUGCUAUUACGGAAACUGACGCUGAAACGUCCCAGUUUUGCCCUCACUCAGGAUGGCGAACGUUACCACGCAGCUAAGCUGAUAGCUCUGGAUUUCUUUGCCCGAACAACGAUGGGGAGACGGGGCCGUACCACUCUGGUUUACGACGUGCUUAUCACAGCGGCGUUUGCCAAUAACGACCACCCGUUUGCGGUUCAAGUGAUCAAAGAGGCGAGAAAAGGACACGUGCCGUUUACGUUUAACCAACUCUGGCCAUUCAUCAACUUCCACUACCAACGCCAGGAGUACAACACUGCCUAUCUCUGGUACCGUGAGCUCAUUGCCCUGGGGGCAAAGACUACGGCACCACCGGCGAAACAGUUAUGGCAGAUGGCUAAGCGGCACGGGUGGGGCAAAGCCGGGAUGAGAUACCGCCAGCACCAGUGGCGUGCCGCUAAGCACACCAAGAAACAACUAUGGGAAAUGGCGAUCGAUCCGGUGGUGACCACCGAGGACCGCGUCACCCACGAGAUCAUUGGCGAGGCCCUGGGCUUCUCGCAGCAAUUGUCUACCCUUCUUCACGACGACCAGCAAAACUGGGUCUUGUACUUCAACCGUGUCAUCCUGAACAAGAGCAUCGAGUUUGGUCUCCAAAAUGCGCGAAAUGCACCGGCGCAGCAGCAACUCAGGCUCCACCACUUGAAGUCAGAAAUAGAAAAGGAUGCCAACUAUUGGAGGGAACGCCAGUCAGAUGCCGCAUUUGAAGCCGCUUGGGAUGUGAUCCGUUGUUUGUAUCUGUUGGUUAAUUGUUUCGCAAAGCAGUUCAUUCCGGCACCCCCUGCUGCUCAGCAAGACACCGGUGAAUCAGACGCUGUCGUCAACCCCCGAAGCCAAUUGACGGUACCACUUCGGUUGCUGAUACGGCUCAUUGACGUUAUUUUGAGAAUCUUGAGAUCACAGCGCAGAUCCUUGCAGCAGCACGCUGACUCAUGCGGUUCAAAGCUUAACGACAUUCUCGCAAACCAAGAUGAGGUCAACAGCACAGUGCUGGAAAUUCGAAGAGAUGCGCAAAAAACUUUCGCAGGCUUCAACUUAGAAAGGGCCGAGGUCCAUGCCUUAGACGGACAGUUGCGGUCAAUUGUCAGGAUGCACAAUGUUAACAAAAGGCAGCGUCGUGAAGGCUCGACGAAUAAUGGCGGCAUAACUGAAAGCGAAUAUCAGGCUAUCGAUGACCUGUGCCGAAGCGUCAUCAAUUACCUUGAGCGGGAAAGGGUCUCGGCAAAAGCAGCCCUCAAUGACCGCAUACAGUCGUUUGAGCGGUUCCAAAAAAUGCUCAAUGAUUUGGACGUGGAUAUCAUCAGACUUUCGAAAGAGUUGCUAGAUAAUCGAGUCGAAGAAGUCGAGAAAGUAAUUGAAGAGUUAACCUCAAGCCGCCACUCCAGCAUUCGAGCCUUAGAAAUGCUCGGUGAGCACACCGAAUCCUUGAGUGAGAUUGAAGAAGCUGAUGACGACGAUGAAGAAGCUGAUGACGACGAUGAAGAAGCUGAUGACGAUGAUGAGAAAGACUUAAGAGUAGUAGCGACCGUUCUCGUGAAGAGCAUGUGUUUGGAAAGCUUCGUCUUGAAUGCAGUCCGCGAGAGUCCGGAAGCAUGCUCCGAAGUGAUCCAACUCAUCUGCUCUCCAGAAGAAUGUGAUUUCAAGGAUACCGACAUCAAGUCAUUACGACGUGAGUUUUAUCGGAAUUCGCGGUUAUUUUACAGGAUAUUGGGUGAUGACAGGGCUGUUGAAAUGAUGAACAAGAUGCAUACCACGAUGGAAAACAUCUCCCUGUACGUGCACACUGCUGCCCAGAUUUAA